CUUACCCUCUCUCCCUCCCCCUCUCUCUAACAUAUGCCCGGGUAUCACUGAGAAUCAGCUUCUGUUAUUUCAAUGCAACUCGCUCCAUUGUUACAAUAAUAAUAAAAAAAAACUAAUCACUCCAAAAUAAAUAAGAAGAAGUAAAAAAAAAAAACAUAUAAAAGCCAGACAACUCAUUAGCUAAAGGAAAACACAACGCUCUCUCUCUCUCUCUACAUUUUCUCAUGACAACCAGCAGCGGUAACAAGCAGCACCGGUGAGUUACAACGCCGUCGUUUUUUCUUACCAACCCGGUUUUCCCAUGGCGAAGAAAGAAAACGACGACGUCUCAAAAACCUUCCACUCCUUGGUAGAAAGCGCAGACCGGAAGUUCGCUCGAGUCCGCGACCUGCCAUUGUACGGGCGCUCCCCGCAGAAUCACUACUUUCAGAAAGUGUUCAAGGCGUACAUGAGGUUAUGGAAGUACCAGCAGGACAACCGGUCAAAGCUAGUUGACUCCGGUUUGAACCGGUGGGAAAUCGGAGAGAUCGCGAGUCGGAUCGGGCAGUUGUAUUAUAAUCAGUACAUGAGGAGUAAUGAAGCCAGGUUUUUAGUUGAAGCGUACGUGUUUUACGAAGCGAUUUUGGAGAGGAAGUAUUUUGAUGCCGGCGGAAGUGGUAAAGCGAAGGUUGAUGUCGGUGUUAGGUUUAAGGAGUUGAGAUUUUAUGCUCGGUUCUUGCUUGUUGCUUUGAUUUUGAGCAAGAUGGAUAUGGUGAGAUUGCUUGCUGAGAGGUUUAAAGCUCUUGUCGAUGACUGCAAGACGAAUUUUCGAGAAACAAACUUCAAAGAAUGGAAGCUAGUGGUGCAAGAAAUUUUCCGCUUUAUGGAAGUUGAUAGUGCCUUCACAAAUGUCAGGCCUUUGCGGUACUGUGCUCUAUUUGAUUCUCAUGCUGCUUCUCGUCCUUAUUUGGCUCGUUUCCAUGCGAGGAAGAUUGUAAAAUUCAGAGAUGCUCUCUUGACAAGCUAUCAUAAAAAUGAGGUUAAAUUUGCGGAACUUACUUUGGACACUUACAGGAUGAUGCAAUGUUUAGAAUGGGAACCUAGUGAAUCUUUCUACCAAAAGCGUCCAGUUGAAUCAGUUUACAAAAAGCAUCCAGUUGAAUUGAGUGAAAAUGGCACUCUAAUUGAUCAUUCUGGAGCUUCUGGAUUGAUAAAUAUAAACUUGGCUGCAGAUUUGACCGAUCCAUCUUUACCAUCAAAUCCAAGGAAAGCUGUUCUUUAUCGUCCUUCAGUGACAUAUUUGCUUGCGGUUAUGGCGACAAUUUGUGAAGAGCUCCCUCCAGAGAGCAUCGCGCUCAUAUAUUUAUCAGCCUCAGGGAAGGCUGCUCGAAGUAAUGCUUUUCAAGUAGAAAGCUCUGGAGAAUCAAAGAAAUUUUCCAAAGACAGGGUUGUCUCUGGAGCAUACAGUGAACAGAAAAUCCAUGCACUUGAAUCCCAUUGUAACGGGAAGAGAGAGUCAAGUGACUACCAUGACAACUGUCUCUGGUUAGGUCCUCGGGGAAAUGGUGGGUCAAAUACCCUUUACCCUGGCGAUAUAAUUCCUUUCACUCGAAGACCUCUUUUCUUGAUUAUUGAUAGUGACAACAGCCAUGCAUUCAAGGUCCUGCAUGGUGCAGAAAGGGGAGAGCCAGCUGCUUUGCUUCUUUCACCUUUGAGGCCAGCAUUCAAGAAUCCAUCUGCUGUUGAUACAACACAUAAUGGAAGUCAAUUUACCUUUUUCCUGACUGCUCCUCUGCAGGCAUUCUGCCAGAUGGUUGGCAUCACUUCUGAUUCUGAUAUGGAUUCUUAUAAUGAUGCUGAGGAGAUACUUUCCCUUGCAUUCUCUGAGUGGGAGGUUAUUCUCUGUACAUCAAAAGGCCUGGAUCUGGUUUGGGCACAAGUUUUAUCUGAUCCAUUUCUACGGAGGCUUAUUCUUAGAUUCAUAUUCUGCAGAUCCGUGCUCUCGGUCUUCUGCCCUCCUGAAGAUGAUGAGCAAUAUCUGCCCGGUUGCCUACCCCAUCUUCCCAGUUCUGUUUCUGCGAGAUCUGAAGUUGUGCAGUCAGCUAUAAUCCAGCUCGCAAAUCAUCUUAAGGUUGCAGAUUGUUUUCAAUUUGAUGACAAGGAAGCAAGAUAAAAGUGCGGGUUUCUGGCUCUCAACUUCAAUUAAUUUAAUGAGGUAAAUAACUCCAGGAAUUAGACCAGUUGGUUUGAAAGGCAUUUCAAACUGCGGGUCAAGAAGAGAAAAUUAGCUGCGCAUGGUUGUUUCUGCUUGUUUAAUGGUUGACAUGCCAGCUUACACGUUGUGGUUUGCUGUCUUGGAUGGUGCUUGAUGAUUUCCAGUUGUUAAUGAAAAUAGAUGCUAAGUUGUUUAGGUGUUCGUCGGUGUAUAAUCUAAUUGGCUUAUACUUUUUUAGAGUUGUUAUCAAGCUAGUGCUAAUUUUCUUUGUUCUUGUAAUAGAAAAAUCAGGUUAGUCAGUCGAAGGGAAUAUAUGUUUUUUUUUUUUUUUUUUUUUAUAGUGGCAACGGAUUCAUGCAUUAUUGCUGAAGCCGCGGGAAAGGCACAUGUAAAUGAGCACUGGAAUCCUUUCAAAUUGCUGUGCAAUUUACAAGCUAAUUGUUCGGUGUUCUUGGGUGGGUCCCUGUUCGAGCUACGGGUGUGCUCACCGCUUCUCUUUUCGGGAUUUUAUUCCCACAGCAAUGGAUGUAAUAAUUAGUUGUACUUGUUUAAUCUUCAUAUUAUUUAAAUCUAAUUCAUAAAUAA